UUGGUGUGUGUGUGGCCACUGGACACUAGCUAGGGACAUAUGCAACUGCAGCAAGCUGCACCACCACUACCUCACUACCUCCUAAUUCUAGUUGCCAACUGCCAAGAACCUAGCUGUUCAUGAUCGGUGGGGUUGCUAAACACAACUGUCUUUGUGAAAGAUCAAUUUUAUCUAAACAAAUAAGCCAUGGAAAUCAACGGGAAACCAUCAAACAUGUACAAUUAAGAGAGUGGAUUUCAAGGAUUUUUCACCAAUUAAAUUAAUAGCCACAUGCAUGUACAUAUGUCUUGUUCAAAAGUGGUAGUGGAAGAAAAGUAGAGCAUGGAAUUUCAGCCGGGUGAGAGGCUGAUACAUCCAGGCUUGCAGUGCAACGCCAUCACACCCCAAGAAUCACACAUGCACAAGGAAUAUUGAGCUUGCUUCCAUCCCUUCUUUCUUGGCUUGUUGCUAUUGCUGCUACUAUACCUAAUACUAGUGCUCACUCACCACUCCUAAUUGGAUCCCUUUCUCUCUCUGCCCUCUCUCUCCACAUAUAGUGGCAACCAAAAAUACAGUCUAAAACAAGUCACCUAGCUUUGCUUCAUGGGGACAUUAACCUUCACUACACACUUAAUCAGGAGUGACUAAUUCUGCACUUAGUGAAAAAAAGAGGGACCUAAAUUAAGGGUGGCUAUUAAUUGUGACCGGUACUAGUCGAUCUAGCUAGACAUGUUUUGCACAUGAAAGAAAUUAGGCAGGUAGCCAUGCCUGGCCAUCAAUUGUCCACAAGUGAUUUAAGAGAGGCAGGGCAUUAAGCUAGCCAGCCAGCUCUAACACACCCAUUAUAUCCCUAUUUCCACUCAGCUCCCUUGGCCACCAAUUAACCCUUCUACUAUUACUAGUGUUCUCAGUUUCUCACCUCUCUAACAAUAGCACUUAGCAAUUAACCAUCAAAACCUCUUUCGAUCUCUCCCUCUAAACAAGAGAGAGAGGAGGUUAUAAGAGUUAAUUGAAGAGACAUCCAAAAGACAGGCAUAUAGAGGAAGCCCAGCCGGCUAGGUUUUUCCAGACAGCUCUUCGAUCUUCUCUGUGAAUGUUUCUCUCUCAUCUGUAGAGAGAGAAGCUAGAAGCUAGAGUUGCUUGUCCAUUAAUUAUAGGCCAAAAGAAACUUCCAUUGAUUAGAGUAGUAGCUGCAGGAUCCAUCUCUUUGUUGUUUAUAUAUGCAGAGCAAAACGCUUCUCUCCCUCUCUCUCUAGCCAGCGUAGCUCCACUUGUCCCUCUCGUCUCCUCCCGCCAUAAAAACCACAGAGCCAGCCAGCCUCCCUCCCUACCUGCCUUGCCUGCCACUCUCUCUCUCGUCCUCUCUCCCUACGCCUUCCUCUCCUGCUUCGGCGACAUGCAAUCGGCCAUGGAGCUGGUGCUCUUCCGGGAGGAGGGCAUGGAUGAUCGGCAGCAGCAUGCAACUGUAGUGAAGCGGAAGCGCACCAAGAGGCCGCGCCACCACCCGCCGGCGGCCAUGGCGUCCUCCUCCGCUUCCUCAUCCGAUAGCACCACCACCGAGGAGGAGGAUAUGGCCCACUGCCUCAUCCUCCUCGCCCAGAGCGCAGCCCCUCCCGUCGUCGUCGAAGCUAGGUCGUCGACGCCCGCGACGGCGCCGCAAGAGGCAUCGCCUCCGGCCGCCGGGCCGACGCCUGUGGUGGCAGCGACGACGAAGACGGAGAGGUACACGAGCCGCAAGUACACGGAGGCGGCCACCACGGCGGACGGCGUCAGGGCCGGAUUCUACGUGUACGAGUGCAAGACGUGCAACAAGUGCUUCCCCACCUUCCAGGCCCUCGGCGGCCACCGCGCCAGCCACAAGAAGCCACGUAUCGCCGGAGGCGCCGAUGAGGACGCCACAAACACCGCCAUCGUCGCCGUCACCAAGCCUUCCAAGCCGCCGUCAAUGAAGACGGCAUCACCACCGCCGCCGACGAUGACAGCAGCGUCGCCGCCGCUUCCACCACCUGCGCUGGACGCUGCCCCGGACGUCACGACCGUGCUGAGCCUCAACAACGGCGGCAGCCCUGGCAUCAACAACAACAGGAUUCGCGUGCACGAGUGCUCCAUAUGCGGCGCCGAGUUCGCCUCCGGGCAGGCGCUGGGCGGGCACAUGCGGCGUCAUCGGCCACUGCACGCGCCGAGCGCCGCCCCGGUGACCGCGAUCGCCGCGGUAACCACGAAGAAAGACGGGAGCGCCAGCAUCAACCUGGAGCUCGAUCUCAACCUGCCAGCUCCGUCCGACGAGGAGUCUGUCUCGCACCCGCACCCGCCCCCGUCAGCGCCGGCAACUGCGCCGGUGGUGCUCGGCCUUGGGCCGUUCGACAGCGGCAAGAAACGGCUCAUGCUCACCGCCGCCUCCGCCGCGCUGGUGGAUUGCCAUUAUUGAUCGACACGCCCGCGCAGCUGGCCUCGUGAAUUCUUUUUUCUUAACACCGAUUGAUUGGUUGGUUGAUCAUUCUGCUUCUUCAUCUUCUUCUAUACAAAACUACGUAUACUUACAAAUCUGUUCCUUGGCAUGAAUAUAUCAAGGAAAUUGUAAUUAACAUACAGUUGAUUCUUUCCAUUCUUUGGUGUAAGAAGAUUGACUAUAGAAAAUAAUAAUUGACAUUUCGAUGUAUAUGUAUUGUACACACAAGCAUAUUGGCGCUGAAAUAUAUAUUGGAAUGAAGGGAAAUUCCACUUUGUGGCC